AUGUCUUUUGAAUAUUGUCAGGAAGCUAUUAGUGAUUAUGAAAAAUUGUUCGAAACUGAUGAAGGAUAUGAUGUUAUUAUUUUCGCCGGUGAAAAUGAAAACGGAAAAGAAAUACAUGCGUUUUCAAAUAUUUUACGUAUUAGGUCUCAAUAUUUUCGUACUGAACUCUCUAAUGAAUUGACCAAGAAAAAGGAUGGAAAAUUUAUUUUUAAUUUCCCUAAUAUUUCCCCUCAAUUAUUUAAAAUCAUUUUAAGAUUUAUUUAUUGUGGAAAGAUUGAUUUGGCGAAAUUACAAAGACUAGAUGUUCUAAAGCUUUUGAUAGCAGUAGAUGAACUUAAAAUACAAACUUUAAUCAUUUGUAUUCAGGAAUAUUUGAUUAAACAUCAACAUGAAUUUUUACAACAAAAUCCUACAGAAAUUCUUGAAAUGGUCUACCAGCACGAAGCUUUCACGGAUUUAUGGAAUUAUUGUCUUGAAGAAAUUUGUGCUAAGCCAGACAUACUAUUUAAAUCUGAUAAAUUUAUCAAUUUAAAAGCACCUUUAUUGGAGUUACUUUUAAAACGAGAUGAUUUAUCAUUGAAUGAAAUUGAUAUAUGGAAUAACCUGAUUAAAUGGUGUUUUUUUCAAAAUCCUUCUAUUCAGAAAGAUGUUAAGAAAUGGAAUAAAGAAGCAGGUGUAAUUAUGGAAAGAACUAUUCAUAGAUUUAUUCCAUCAAUAAGAUUUUAUCAUAUCUCUUCAGCAGAUUUUAUAACUAAAGUAUACCCCUUUAAAAAGGUAAUACCAAAGGAUUUAGUUAAUAAUUUACUUGUAUUUCAUAUGGCUCCAGAUGAACAAUUAAAUAUUAAUAUACAAUCUCCUAGAAAACCAAAAUGUAUUUAUGAUUCUAUUUUCAUUAAUAACAAACAUUUUGCCAUGUUUUCUAGUUGGAUUGAAAAGAAAAAUCAGUUUCAUUAUAAUGAAAAAACUAUUCCUUUUAAUUUUAAUUUACUUUAUCGUGCUAGUAGAGAUGGUAAUACAGCUACAGCAUUUCAUACUAAAUGUGAUAAUAAAGGAGCUACUAUUGUUAUAGUAAAAAUCAACAAUUCAGAGCAAAUAGUUGGAGGAUAUAAUCCACUUAAUUGGGAUCCAAUUGUUACAUCUGCAUCUACUUAUGAUAGCUUUUUAUUCUCAUUUAAAAAUAAAGAUGACCUUCAAAGUGCAAAAGUAGGUUAUAGUACUGGUAAUCAAUAUUCUAUACGUUAUAGUUCAAAUUUUGGUGCAUACUUUGGUGGAGGUAGUGAUUUAGUAUUUUCUGGUGGGAAUUGGUAUGGCUAUACAAAUACUUCAUGCUCUUAUCCUAAAAUUGGUAUACCAGAAUAUGGGUUUAAAGCCGAUGACUAUGAAGUUUUUCAAGUUGUUAAAAAAUAA